UUCCUCGCCACUUCAGACUGAAUUCGAACACAGUUCAGUAAACUACAGAACUAACGAAACAAUGUCUCUCCUACCAUAUUUUAUCGACUACGAUUUACCAAGAUGGCCGCGUCGCCUACUCGACCAAAACUUCGGAUUAACCUUAAGCCCUCAAGAUCUGUUAUCAGCGAAAUUGAGUCCAUUACUUCCAAAUUACAGUAUGUGGUGGCCACAGUGUACAGAAUCCAGUAUAAAAUACGACAAAGAUAAAUGGCAGAUCAACGUUGACGUACAACAUUUUGCGCCUGAUGAAAUAACAGUUAAAAUCGCAAAUGGAUACAUCGUAAUUGAUGGCAAACAUGAAGAAAAGAAAGAUGAACACGGUUUUAUAUCGAGACAAUUUGUGAGGCGUUUUAAAUUGCCGGAUGAUAUAAAUCCAGAAACUAUUGAAUCCAGAUUGUCUUCGGAUGGCGUGUUGACAGUUUUAGCACCAACGAAACCCAGUUUACUGAAAGGCGAAAGAGUGAUUCCCGUAGCUCACACAGGACCCGUGAGGAAAGAAAUACAAGAAGAUCUUCCCAAAUCUGACGAAGAAAAGAAGUAGUUUUUAUAUUGCGGUUUUAUUGACUGACUUUGAUGAGACUGUAUUUUAAUGUUAUAUUUUUUAUUUAAAUAAACAUCUUGUUUUGUCAA